AUGGGAGAGGGGAAAAGACGAAGGAUUAGUCAGCAUAUAUCAAGAAUGGAUAAUAUCAUUCAACAUGGUCGAAAAAUCGCCCUUCUCGUCUUAAUAUCAACUGCUCAGUCAGCUAAAGCUGUGGAUGCGAAUAACGUUACACCCCGAUGGGGUCAUGCAGCAGCCUACAUCCCUUCCCCUCCCACCCUCAUUAUUCAAGGUGGUAAAACCGACCCAUCAUCUUCUUACACCUAUUCAUCUUCUCCCAAUACCGGCGAGACACUCAUACUCCCUCUCACAUCAUCAUCUUCAAUGUCCUCUGCACCUUUCAUACCGCUCGAUAUACCCUCCGCCCCCACAUCAGCAUGGCAUACACUCAUGCCCCUAUCUUCCGAAGAAGAAGGGAUUUGGAAAUUACUAUCAUUCGGUGGUGAUGGAGGUACCGCCGAAGCUGUUCAGACAGGUUCAAAUUCAGCUUGGAUAAUGGAUGUCAAAACCGAUGGACCCAAUGUGAAUUACACAAGACAAGAAAGUGGGAAUGGUCAACCUAUGAGAAGAAUCUAUCAUUCCGCUUCUUCCACUUCGGAAGAUGGGAAAGUGUAUAUUACAGGAGGACUGAAAGAUGAUGGUUCAGGAGCAACAUUCUCGGAUGUUUAUUCUUUCGACUCGUCAACAUCCUCCUUCUCGCCUUUACCUAGUCUACCUAUAGGGCUAUAUCAUCACUCCUCGAUAAUUCUUCCAAAUGGGACUUUGCUUGCUCUAGGUGGAGCCUACACUUCACCUUCCACUGGCGUAGCAGCACUCCAGCCUUAUUCGACGAUAUAUACCCUUGAUACUACUUCCUCCUCGCCCAGCUGGACGGAGAGACAGAUAUCUGGAACGGUACCUGAGGGGAGAAGAGGUGGGAGUUUGGUGACGAAUGAAGAUGGAACGAAAGCUUUCUUGUUUGGUGGAGCGAAUGCUGGUUUAGGGGAGGUGUAUGGUGAUAGUUGGGAAUUCGACUUGGCGGAUGGAACAUGGAAAGAAGUCACCACAGCUGGACUAGGCCCUCAAGCACGGUACGAUCAUACUGCCGUUGGCAUAGGUGGGAACCAGAUUGCUGUCUUUGGAGGCUAUGGUGAUGGCGGACCUGCCGAUUCGAAUCUUCAUAUUUGGGAUACCUCGACAAGCUCCUGGAUCACCGAUUUCACACCUGUUCCUACGUCUUCGACAACGACCACCUCAACAGCGUCAAGUGGUAAGUCCGUAGAUUCAAGCGGUAUCUCCACUUCCCACAUAAUUGGAACAAAGACACAGUCUGCAUCGGGGUCAGCAUAUACACCCUCAGGUGCGACUAUCGACUCCUCUUCCGCUACCGCUUCUUCGUCAAGUACAUCUGCACCGACCGAUGCUGGCGCUCAUAGCCAUCCCCUCACGCUACCUAUCAAAAUAGGUUUAAUUCUCGGUAUACUCGCAGUUGUCGCCUUGUUGGUAGCAUUAUGUCUUUGGAGAUGCCUUCGACGCCGACACACCAAACAAGCUGCUUUACUUGCCUCCCCUUGGCCUGCCAGUGGACCCAAAGGCAGAACACCUCCUCGACCAUAUGGAUCAAGGGAGAAAGGUGGAGAAGGAUUGAUGGAAGAGCUCAGUCCUGAAAACUCUAUUGAAGGUGGUUACGAAGCUUGGGGCUUAAGGGAGAAGGGUGUGUCGAUCGGUUUAGGAAUGGGAGCUAUUGGAGCUACUCUGCAUAGUAUCUCUAGUAAAUUCAGUGGAAAGAAGGACGAUCCCUAUGCGGAGCUACACGAUGAUCCUUCCGAUGAAGUAGGUGGACCCCUCAGCAAAUCGUCGAGAAGGAUUGGAGAUGGUAUUAGAUUACUUGGACUUAGACUUCAACGGGAAAAAUCACUCUACUAUUCGCCUGAGAAACCAGCGAGGCGAGCUAGUAUCAUACGAAAUUCGAGAAUUGACAUGCUCGGAGGAGAGGAUAUGCCCAAUCACGCUGCUGGAACUAGCUCAAGGAAUGUGGAAGGUGAAGACGAAGAUGAAGAUUGGGUGAUCGAUUCAGAUGAAAGUGGCAGAAAUUGGAAAUCUGCUAAAUCGUUGCUGAAUAAUCGACAAUCCGACGAUGAAGACCAAGAUCCUUUCCAUGAUAGAGCAAGUUCUUUCGACGAUGAUGCUCCGAUUUUACCUCCCUUGAGAGUCCGAGGUGGACCAGUCCCCACGCCUCAUGAGUCACGGAGUGAUCUGGGUACUUUGGACGAAAUUGCGAGUAUGUCAAACCCUUAUUCUGAACUUUCAAGAAACGCACAUUCCGAACUGUCACGAAAUCCUUAUUCGGACGUUUCAAGAAAUCGAUUAUCUCAUAAUUCAUCGUUGGAAUAUCAUCUACCGAGCUUGUCACCUUCAGAUCCACUUGAUCUUACUGGUUUACUAGUUCCUCCAAGUGAUAAUAGGUAUUCGCAAACUUCUAUACCUACUUCUGCUCGUUCAGGUAGAUCAGGUAGAUCUGGUCAAUCGAAUGCUCUUUCCGAUGCUGAAGAAGGUAUAAUAUCCGAGGCAAGAUAUCUUCACUCUCAAUCGCCUACUUUGAUCUCACCCGUUGAGACAGCGUAUGUACCGAUCAAAAGGAGUGAAUCGUUUUUCCGCAGGAUGGCAGCCGGGGGAAUCAUCUCAUUGUUGUCAUCUACCAAAUCGAUUUCUUCUUCUUCUCAGGGAAAAGAAUUGGACAUACGUGAUCCGGCACCUCAACCUACCCUCUGGCCCGUGAUGUCAAGUGAAAAUGUCAAUUCUCCUUCGAGCCCAUCUCCAAUCUCACCUGAAAGCUCUAAUCAUCCUCCAAAAAGCUGGAGAGGCGAUACACUUGAUCUACCCUCGAACGACCAUGGUAAAGGGCCAAGUCUCUCUUCGCUGAAUUCAGCUAAAUCAAUGAGAGAUAUGGUGUUAGUCCAAAGGGAAACGACAAUUCCUCAGUUGGAAGUGAGGCUGAAAGAUGAAUCGGAUGGGACUUUAGUAAGAGCCGAAGAAAGUGAUUCACUCUCGCCAUUACCUUCUGAAACCUCUACUUCGGUAAUACCUCUUCGACCGGAUGGAGCGGGACAUCGCAGGGAUGGCAAUAGUCAAACCACUUUCAGUAGUGGUGAGUCGGGAUUAGAUACUCCCGGUGAAAUAAUUUUCAAUGGUGCAGAUUUCGCUUCGCCGCCUGUACUGCCGACACACCAAUUCGGUUCAACACCGUCAGCAGUAGAGAAUGACCAAACACCUAGGAAAUCCUCCUUACGGCCGACUCCUUAUCCUAUCACACCUAGACGAGCGAUCUCUAAAACGCUCAACACGACAGUGAUUGAUGAAUCAUAUCUACCUCCUUCUGGAUCACCUGUACCAACGCCUUUGGUCCAACAUCGUCGACCGGUCAGAGACGUUGUCAAUUCAAUCAAUAAAAGAGGAAGUUCUACGCCUUUCAGCUUACUUAGUCCCAUGUCGAAUUAUUCGCCUGCUAUUGAUCGAAAAUCAUCUUUGUCUUCGAAUAUCAUUGAAUCGUCAGUUGUUAUGCCUACAAAGCCAAAAUCGACGUUUAGUGGACAAGGGGAAGGGGAAGAUCAAGAUCCUUUCGGUACUCCUAGACCUAGACUUAGCUCAUCAAAGAUACAAAGACCAGUGACGAUACAUGGGUCAUCCGAUGCAGGAUCGAGUUCGACUAUGAGCCAGAGGGUAUCGUCAUCGUCGGUUGAUAAGAGACCUACAACCAUGUGGGAGGUGAUCAAGAAAGAACAGCUCAGAGUAGCCAAUCCGGAUCAAAAUCAGCAGAGAAACUUUAGUGGGAUCGAUAAAUGA